AUGCUCGAGAACAAUCCUAGAGGUAGUAACACGGGGGUCGUCGUCGCCCUGCUGGUUCUUUUUUGUUUGAAUUACCUUCUGACAGUUUUUGGAGCACCUUUCGAAAAUGUCACAAAUAGGUCGGCAUUUUUUUUCUAUUGGUCCUUGGAGGAACUUUUGGCGGUGUUUUUCUGUUGCUCGAUUUGCAUAUUGCUUCAUCAGCAACCGCUGAGACAGGAUCUUUAUUUAUUACAAUCGAUGAUGGUUGGACUUUCCUUUCUGAACGUCAGCUGUUCGAUAAUUGGUUUGGUCUACAUUGUGAAAUGUUUGAAAAGCGAGUCCCCUAUGAUGUACCAUUUCGGUCAAAAUCAGAAUCCAGUUGUACUGACGCGUCGGAUAUUGGUAGUAACAGUUUUAUCAUUCGCAAGUUGGAGUACUUGCGCUGCGCUUUCGUGCUGUGUUCAUUGGAAACUGGUCCAACAAGCCAAUAUGACUUUUGGAAGCAAUCCUCGAAGCUCUCGCUGUUCUCAAUCCAAUGACUGGAGCACAUUUUAUCAAGUUUUGCAUGGAAUGCCGAAAAACUACGAGGCAGCAUCGUCAACUGAAAACGUCAAAUUGAAAGAUUCGGAAAUAUUUACUUUAAGUCGAUGA